AUGGCUGCAGAUGGACAGCAGGAUGGUGUCCUGGACACCCUUCGGCAAAUCCAGCAAACCCAGCAGCGCCUGUUGAGCUCGGUCGAGUCCCUCACCAGUAAAUUCAGCUCCUCCACCAUCUCGACCGAGGCUCUUGAUCCUGCCUCGAAGCUGCCCGUAACCUCCCUGGCCCCGGAGAGCAGCCAAGAUGGCAAGUCAAAGGACGCCGAAGCCUCGGGAGAACUGGCCGCCAUCCAGUCGUCCUUUGAGAAGGCAACGGCCCAGCCCGGCUCGGCUCUGUCUCCGAGCACCCGGACCGGCUUCACGUCUCGAAUCGUGCUCACGACGUAUCCCAAGCAGAUUGGCAUUGACCCUCUCCCUAUGGACUGGGGAAACCCUGAUCCGCUGAAGCGAGGGCCCGUAGUUGUUUCGAGGGCUGCCUCUACCAUCCGUCGCAGAAAUGCCAUUGGAGCUCAUGGAGGCUCGUACUCGAUCUACUAUGCGCUGGCUGUUGCCAGCAAGGAGCUCAACGUUGAUCACAGGCCCGAUUACACAAACACCGAGCCGGCUGCUAAUAUUGGGCCCUUCCCCCAAUGGGGUGACAAGAAGAAGAUUGUCGCCAUGGAUCCUUGGGGUCACCUCGUCCCAUGGACCUUCAAGGACAUCAUACAAAAGGAAAAUGUCGACAUGCGGCCAACUAUUGCCAUUACAAAGGCUCACAUGAAGCUGCCGGAGCUUGAGGAGAGCGUGAAAAGUGGCCGACUAGUCCCCGACGGAAAAGUCUGCCUCAACAACCUUGGAGAGCUGGCUGUGACCAAGUUUGCCGUCGAACCGGUCUGGUACCUCCCCGGUGUGGCGGAGAGAUUUGGAAUCGAUGAGGCCACUUUGCGUCGUUCACUGUUCGAGCACACCGGGGGGAGCUACCCUGAGUUGAUCACUCGCGGAGACAUCAAAGUGUUCCUCCCACCUAUCGGUGGCCUCACUGUGUAUUGCUUCGGCGAUCCUGAGAAAAUGUCCGACGAAUCCGUACGAUUAUCACUGAGGAUUCACGAUGAGUGCAACGGAAGUGACGUGUUUGGUUCCGACAUCUGCACAUGCCGGCCGUACCUGAUUUUCGGCAUCGAAGAGGCCGUCAAGGAGGCUCAAAACGGCGGCAGUGGCGUCGUCAUAUACUUCAGGAAAGAAGGUCGUGCUCUGGGAGAGGUGACCAAGUACCUGGUAUACAAUGCUCGCAAGCGAGGCGAGGACCGAGCAUCAGACUACUUUAUGCGCACAGAGAACAUUGCUGGCGUCAAAGACAUGCGCUUCCAGGCUCUGAUGCCGGACAUUCUUCACUGGCUGGGCAUCAAGAAGAUUGAUCGGAUGUUGAGCAUGAGCAACAUGAAACACGAUGCCAUCGUUGGCCAGGGAAUCCCCAUCCACGAGAGGGUGGAACUCCCAGAGGAGCUCAUCCCCGCAGAUUCGAGAGUUGAGAUUGACGCCAAGAUCACUGCCGGCUACUUCACCUCUGGCAAGCGGUUGACAGCUGAGGAGUUGCAGUCGGUACAGGGCAGGAUGUGGGAAGAGUAA